AAUGGCAGUCAAGCCUUCUGAAGCCAUGACUGUACGCUUUCUCAUAAAUACUAAAACUCAACGUAUCGUAUAUGCGGAGGCUGGUAAAGAGUUCGUUGAUUUUCUGUUUAGUUUUCUUUCUAUGCCCAUCGGUUCUGUCCUCAAUUUACUGUAUGAUUUUGAAUCCAAUAGAAAUAUUGGCUCUAUCUCUAAUCUGUAUGAUAGCAUGGAAAAACUACCCACUCAGUUUAUGAGCACGGAUAAAUCCCAGCUGCUUGACCCCAAAUUUAUAACCACGUACUCUAAUAACUUUCUUAGGACCAAGCACUCUAAUAACUUUCUUAAGAUUGAGGGCAGAAAAUAUUACGUUUCCAGCUAUCUCUCAACUCCAAAAAUUAGCAGGAGUCAGUCUUAUUGCAGCACAACUCAAAAUAUCAGCAUCACUCACAAUAUCAGCACCAGCAGCGGAAAUCCACUAUCACGAGUAUAAUGUUACUCAAUCAGUUCGAUAUUAAAGAUUUAACAGACCUUCAAGAGCGGGCUGCAAUUGUUGAUAGAA